AUGACAUCAACUGAGAAUGCCGGGCCGGCCAACGUUGCUUCAUCCACAUCGUGCCUUAUGAUAUUACCAACGCUACGCUACCUUUUCCAAAAUUACACCCUCUUUUUCGUUGUUGCCGAAUCAUAUCCCGGUUUCUUUUUCUCUUUCACUCUGGCAUUGCCGGCGGCCCUCAUGGAUCGGAGACUCAGCAGAGACUCGUCGUUGCAGAAGAAAGCAUUGGAGAAUCGAUGCAAAGCUGAAGCCGACCAGCAACAUGUUCCCGACCUCACUGAUUUCAUCAACGACAUGUUCUUCGGAACUGUCGAUAAUGACAAGAAAGCUCAUUAUAAUUUAACUGGUAAGUCUACGGAUGAAGAAGACGAAGAUUUUGAUUCUAGCACAAGGAGUAAUAGCAGCAAGCUAACUCAGGAAUGGCUGGAAGAAGCUAGGCGCAUGAUGGCUUCAUCUCCUUCUCGGAGUGACUCGCCUUCUCGCCUUGUUGGUUCACCUAAGUUCGCCGCCGCUCAACCGGGGCGGCUUUCCCUGUCAUCAUCUUUUGAACGCCGUGACCCUCUCUCCAGGUCUGCUAGAAGGAACAGGCAGUUGGAAGGAUUCAGUGAAGAGAUUCUAACGAAAUCAGCAAAACACAGCCGCAACAAAUCAGAAACACCAGACACGGUGAACUCUCCUAGUCCUACUGAUAAUAUAUCCACAGCCGAAGCUGUUCAUAAAUGGUUCUCCAACAUCCUUAAACCCACCAAUCAUACACCACCGUCUAGUGCACCACCUUCCCCGACAAGAAAUGAUCUAACCUCUAGUUUGCCACCUAGGCAAUCAACCUUCCGCAGGUCACGAUUCCAAGCAGACCCAUCUGCCCGAGUCCCAGUCCCCUCCUCUACAACUCUCAAAACUCAACUUUCUUUGCAAGACACCCAGUUGCUUUCUCCUCCGAAAAAACUGGUUGAAUCGACUCACAGGAGGUCAAUAUCGUCUUCCACAUGCUUCUUUGAGCAGAAUAAGCCUCUUUCACCACCAAGGAACUUGGUGGAGUCUGCUCAGAGGAGGUCUAUAUCUAAGUCGACGUGUUCAUUAGAGAAAAUUGCACCAAGGAAGAGUAAUGCAAAUGGGUGGUCCAAGGAAGAUGAUGGAACUCGAGAAAUUAGCCUUAAUAAAUUUCUAAAAGAUCAGAGAAGUAAGUUCGAGAUGAUAUUGAAUGGAGAGGUUGGAUCCAAGGCCAAGAUCGUCCUGUCAGGACCUUCUAACAGUACGAGUUCAAUGGUGGCAGCUAUAUGCUAUGCAUGGCUAUUAGAUAACAGAGGUAAGAAGAGUAAAGGAGGAGAAGAAGAAGGGUGCAUUGUGGUGCCAGUGAUGAAUGUUAAAAGGGAAAGAAUGUGGAAACAUAGGCAGGCGGCUUGGCUCUUUCACCAUGUUGGCCUUGAUGCUACCUCACUUCUCUUUGCCGAGGAGGUGGAUGUGGAGACUCUAAUGAUGGCUGGCCAGUUAAGCAUCCUUGUAGUUGGCCAAGAUAUUCUCAAAACAAAUGGAGAGGUUGGAUCUCAAUGCACAAUUCUAACAGAUAAUUAUUGUGAAGAUGCAUAUGAACUACUGCAAACCCCUAUGCUGAAAAAGCUUUUGCUUUCUGGCAUUCUAUUAGACACACAAAAUCUGAAUGUGUAUGCUAAACUGUCCAUGGCUAGAGAUGCAGAGGCAGUUCAACUACUUCUGGUCGGCUCGGUCCCGAAUUAUCGAAAUGCUCUUUACGAUCAAUUAAUGCAAGAUGAAAGGGACAAUUCGUUCAUUGAAGUAUUGCAACAUACCUAUGGAAAGCCCUCUAAUGAUGGUGUUGAUGAUACUGUUUAUACGAUGUCGGAGACGAAAUCACCGUCUAUUUCACGUCGUGAAGCUUCUGCAACACAUUCUGAUAAGACUUCUAAUGAUUCAAGGAGUGCAAAAGUUAACAAGUCUCCUUCAAAACCAGCAAAACCUGGUGCAGUACCAGUGAAAGGUGGAACAGAUUCAAUAGCAGAAGCAUCUCGUGGAAAGAACAAGUUUUUUCUGGCAAAAUGGUUUGGUUUUGGAUCAAAAUGAAUUGAAAAUGGAAAUCGUCUUCAUCUUUUUGGCCUGAAUUUCCAAUCAUCCAAACUUAUUCUUCUUCUUAGGUAUUAUUCUUUGGCUGGCUUUACAUUUUUGAGUGGUAGAGUACCAUAAAUUAAGAAUGUAUUGAGGAAAAUAUGACAUGUGGUAUCUAGAUUUUUUUUAAAUAU